AUGAGUAAUAGAGCAGAUCGACAUAAGGCUCCCCGUAUAUAUCUGAGUGGCGCCCAAAAACGGAAGUUAGUUAAAGAACGAACUACACGAGAAAAGGAAGUAAUAGCAAAAACAAGAUGUUUGAAGGAAUUUUUAACUAUGAGUGAGAAACCGUGCAAAAUCCCAGAAGAUAUUGAACCAUCAUCUUCUAGUGACACAUGUUUAUUAGAACUCAUCGCUGAAUACGAUGAUUUUCUUAAACAUCAUAUUCAAGUUCAUGGCAAUCAAGGUAGCGGCCACACAAAUUAUUUAUCCUCAACGAUUUGUGAGGAGUUUAUACAACUUCUGAGCGAUCGAGUUUUUCAAGAAAUUGUCCUACGCAUUAAAAAAUUAAGAUAUUACUCGAUUUCUCUUGAUUCUACAAGUGAUAAAAGUCACGUCGAUCAAUUGACUUUGAUUUUUCGCUACAUAGAAAAUGUAAAACCGGUUGAAAGAUUUGUUAAGUUCAUGCCUAAUCAAGGUCAUAAAGCUCAGGACAUGUUUAACUGCGUGAUGCGAUUCUUGGAAGAUCAUGAAAUCGACGUGAAAAAUUGUCGAGGACACUCACUGAAUCUUGUAGGAUUAGCAGCUGCUGAGUGUUGUCCCGAUGCAAUAGAUUUCUUCGAUUUUCUUGAAAAAAUUUACGUUUUCUUCACAGCUUCGUCGAGUCGCUACGACCUACUGAUUCAGGCUUUAAAGUCAACCAAAGAUGUAACAUUCCAAAAAGAGUAA